AUGGUGGACCAAGCAGCGCCUCGGCCUGGAUUCCGGAAACCCCAGGUCCCAGCAUCAGCCUCGACCCGAACCCUCACACGUAAACCACCGGUUCUUGUCGAUCCAUAUCUGGCCGAACGCAUUCAGUCUCGAUCCCUCAUCCCCAGGUCCGUCGUUGGCAACGCUCGAUUUCAAGAUGCAGGCAGAAUAGACAUGUACAAGAUGAUGAUCAAGCAGCAGCCCAGGGAUGGUCAAGUCCUGACGGCUCAAAAGCGUGCUAGCGCAAAAAAGCCACAGAACGAAAGAAUCUCCCUCGAUCCUCCUGCAGUGGUCGAACUUGCGGUUCUCGAUGAUGACCCGAGCAGGUGCUGGCUUCACAGCCCGUACUUGUUCUGCACCGCCGAGCUGGUUAGACUUGAUGACAAGCCAAACAGGUCUGACACGCUUUCUGGCACGUUGACGUCUUCGCUGCACGUGGUCAAGAUGAAUGACGGAAAAGCCCACGGCUUCUUCGUUUUCAGCGAUCUCGUCCCACUAUGCGCCGGCAUGUUCUUCCUUCGAUUCACGCUGUUUGAGAUGCGCAAGAGCCCAGAUGGGCUGUUUGCGGAAAUGCUCAACUCUGUCUCUAGCGUGACCCUUGAAGUCCAUGCACGCAAUAAAUUUGCCCCUCUAGCCAAGUCCACUGACUUGACGAGAGCGUUGAGCGAGGGAGGCGUGAAGGUCAGGGUUCGAAAGGAGCCAACGCGUCGAUUGCAGAGAAAUAAAACCAGCUGGGGAUUCCAAAGAUACAUGGCUGGGUAUGGCCAGGUCGUGCCAGCCGCCGUGUAUGGUCAACCUCAACUGUAUCCGCAUCACGGCCAAUACCAUGAGCAUUGGAGUCAAAAUGGAAACGCUGCUUAUAACACGAACAACGCGAUAGACAUCAGAGAUCGCUUAAGUGUUCAACAUCAUGGGAUGGCGCCGCCAUGGCACGGUGGCGCUCACCAACAAGCAGCCCUAGCCAUGGCCCCUCCGAUGCUACCACAGCAGCUAUUCCCUCAACCUCUGCAUCGGCUUCAACAUGGUGCAUUCUUGCAAGACGUGCAGAAGCAGUCAGUGAGCCAGCCACUCCCUCUUAUGCAGCACACAGCACUGUUGCACGAGACACAGCACUCGCUCAUGCCACCACCACCGUCACAAUCUCAGCAACAGCAGCCCUCUUUUCCACCUCUUGAGCAGAUUCUGCCACAACAUUUCAUCCCACUUCCACCGGCGAAUUAUACCGUGAGGGACGACACGAACCAGUUAGGGUUUUCAACCGGCGCGGAAAAUGAGUUGUUUUUUGCCACCACCUCUGCUAGCUCAAUGCCGCAUUUCACUGCAGCGGACGAGCAGGUCUCAUAUACUACCUCAUCAGCCGCGCAGAUGAUGUACGUCACCGCAUUGGAAGACCAGAUGAUACGCAGGACAUCACCGGGAACUGAUUCGGCAUACACAUCGUCGUCGAGUGGUUUGGACCAACAGCAAUAUCUGCAAAGCGCUGGACAUGUUUCUGGGACGUAUGAUGUCUCAAGUUUCAACCCUUUGCAAGAUCCGUACGAUCCAAACUCUUCACAUGGAGGGUUUCAGUAG